UGGGACGCCACUCGAUACCUUCAGUCGCUUGAAUUAAUAUCUAAUCUGUUCAUUAGCUAGUGGUCGAUCAGACAAGGGAGAAGCCGGAUCUGCUGCCCCAGAUCACUCGAAGUUCGAUACGUCAAAUAUACGUGUAACAAAGAUUCUCAUUCACCCCAUCAAGGUGUGUGACGCUGAUUUCCGCUUUGUUAGCUGUGUUGAUUUUGUAGAGCUGUAAGGGCACUUCUGUUCCAGAGGCAAAUUACACUCUUCACGGAUUGGAUAAUGAUCGUAGAUGGUGCAUAAUAAAGACACAUAAUAAUGCAGUCGUGACUGCCCGAGAUGUGGCUAAGAUGGUUCUUAUACAUCCUCGUAUCAUUCCGGCCUCAUCUUCAGAGGCUGGCCGGCUCGAGGUGUCUUUCCCAAAGGAGUCGGGCUGUGAGGCCUUCUCCGUACCAUUAAACCCCACCGAGGAACAACUUCAGGAUUGGGAAAAUCUCAAUAUAUCAUUGUGGGGCAAGGAUGACAUCGAGGGGUACGUAUGCCAGACCAACAUAGGAAGGUCACCCUCAGAGAUACUUUCGGAAUAUAUGGGGAUGCCAGUACACUUGGCUGUGAGGGGCUCACGCCGGCGGAACUGUCCGCCGACUCUACGGUUUCCCAACCUAGAUGCACCCUCAUAUUUUCAGGAUGGGUACCCUUUAUUGAUAGUGUCCGAGGAAAGUGUCGCGGCCGCGCAGGAGCAGAUCAGAGGGAUGGUGGGCCUGCAGGGCAUAGAGGAAAGGUGGUCUAGCGACACUUUACAGGUAGAAAGGUUCCGCCCCAACAUAGUGAUUAAAGGAGCCGGCGCACCUUUCUUCGAGGAUAUACUCACCGAAUUCACUAUCGAUUCCCAUCACGAACCUGUCGAAGGGGCAUCGUCAAUCGUUCGGCUUGUGCGUAAAUGCACUCGUUGCGUGCUGCCAAAUGUACAUCCCGAGACCGGUGUACGUGACAAGGCCGUGCCAUUAAAAGUUUUGAUGAAGCAUAGAAGAGGCCUGGAUCCCGAGCGGCCUAGGUUACCCUGUAUGGGGUGCAAUGGAGUUUUCACCGCGAAUGGCGUGGUGAAGGUCGGUGAUUGGAUCCACGUAUGUGAGACGGGAUUCGUUUGACUUGAGCCAUCUUUGAAGGUGUUGUCGUGUUUCAUUUUUAAUCAACUCUUGCGUAUUACCACAUAGUCUGGCUUCAACGCCAAAUAGAGAUCCUGAUUUGAUUUAUGGUAGACAUUAUGAAAUGCCUGCGAUAGUUCCUUAUGCUACUCUUGGUAGCGCAUGAUGCACCAAUGGUUGCC